AUGCCAUUACAAUGUAACGGGGGUGUCGGCUCCGGAGUCGGGGUCGGACUUGGUUUAGUUGAGGUCGGAACCGGUGUCGUCGAUGAUGAGGAAGGAUCUAUCGAUGAUGGUGAGGAAGAACCUAUCGAUGUUGAUUUGGGUGAAGCAGUCGAUGAUGACGAGUUGAAGGCUGACACCCACAAUGAUAACCAUGAAGUUGUAGGGUUCAAUGCUGAAGAUGUCAUGGUAGAGCUUCUCGAUGCUAAUAAACUUGCACCUGCUAAAAUUGUCCCCGUUGCUGAGCCGGAUGGUGAGACUAUACCAGUGGGACCUCCCGAUCCAGCCGACGAACCCAAAAGAGUCGAUGAUGAACCAGACGGAAGAGGGCAGCUAUCUCUUGCGAGGAUCGAUCGUUUCAUCUCCAUUGGGCUCCCACGACCAGCAAGAACGGUGUUGAACCUAAAUGAAUAG